AUGUUGCAUUCACUUCUCUCGAUCAAAACAUGUCAAGUAUGCAUGAGAUCAUUUCCAAAUGGGAAAGCUUUAGGAGGUCACAUGAGAUCUCAUGCUCGAAAAUUCUCUCUACCAAAGGCGACAUCAUCAGCAACUGCCUCGACCAUUCCAACACUGCAAGCAUCCAACAAACUCGGUGCAACCUUCACACCUGGUGAAACAGUUUUGCUGAGAUCUGUUCACACUAAUGAAGUUGGUGAUGGUCCGAAACCAGAUCUCAAGAAUGAAGAAGGUGGACAACAAGUCACUGGCAAGAGAAAGUUCCUUUUCGAUCUGAACGAGGUAUAUACGGAAGAGCCUCAAAGCUCUUUAACAGUUGAAGAAGAAAGUGCCUUAUUGCUUGUAGAAAUGUCUAAGGGCAAGAGGCCAGCAAAUUUUCAGAGUCCAACAUUGAUUGAUCCACCUUUGGCUUUGGGAGGUCAUCGAACGAGCCACAAGAAACGACUGAAGAUUGGCGAGAAGAAUGAUGAAGCAGUGGUUCCAAGACAAUACCCGUGUGUAAUUUGUGAAAAGGUGUUUGGAUCUGGUCAAGCACUUGGUGGUCACAAAAAGGUUCAUUUGGCGUAUCUAGAACCAUGUCGUUAA